AGUUCCAAAGACCUUCACUCAAAACUCUUCAUCAUGAAGUUCUCACUCCUCACCCUUUUCGCACUUCUCCCUCUCCUACAUGCUUCUCCCCUCCCACAGGACCAAUACCCAGUCCCAACCCACACACCCACCGCCCCUCAAACCCCAACCCAACCAAACAAAAGAACCGCCGAAUCACUCAACCAAUUCCUCGGCGUUCUCCUGAACGACAUGCCGGCCAUCGAAGGAAGUCUCGAUGCCGUGACCGGAGUUCUAACAGAAUUCGAAGGAAACGUCGCUGCCCUGACUAAAGAGCCAACGACUUAUAACGACCUAGAGGGCAACCUAGGUAGUGAUUGCAGGACUUACACCAUCGUUUUCGCGAGGGGAACUACGGAGCCUGGAAAUGUGGGCAUCUUAGCGGGCCCUCCUUUCUUUGAGGCGAUGGAUGCGGUCGCUGGAGCUCGAAAUGUUGCGAUUCAGGGUGUUAAUAAUUAUAAAGCUGAUAUUGUGGGAUAUCUGACCGGAGGUUCUGCGUCUGGGACUGUGGAGAUGUAAGUCCCUUCUCUCUUUUUUGUCUAAUAUCUGGUGAGAAACGGUGGGAAAUUAAAAAGACUAAUAAUAAAAACAGGGCAAGACAAAUAUCAGACGCCAGAGCCAAGUGUCCAAACACGAAACUCAUCGCAGCUGGAUACUCUCAAGGUGGACAACUCGUGCACAAGGCUGCGGCUUUGCUUCCCGUUGAUACGGCGAGGUGGAUUAGUAAGGUUGUUAUUUUUGGGGAUCCAUGUAAGUGUCUCUUCACUUCACCCUCUUUAUAUAUCAUGUAGAAUAAAAAAUUUAACUAGAAAUAGUGAGUCGCUUCCCAGUGACCAACGUAGACGCCUCCCGAACAAAAAUCUUCUGCAAUAUAGGCGAUAAUAUCUGCGAUAAUGGGGACUUGGUUCUGCCUCCUCAUCUAAUUUAUGGCAAGGAUGCUUUAGCUGCUGCGCUUUUCGCUACUUCUUGA